AGCCAUUGGCUAAAAAAGAUGCCAGUCCUGAGCGUCUCCCUGUUUACGGGGUGGGGCUGCGCAGGCGCCGAAGGGGACCGUCUCUGCACUGGGUUGGGUGCCCCCGCCUCUGUUGUAGCCGUGGUGUUGUCGUUUCUGUCUGGAGGAUGGCUGAGGUGGAAGAAACCCUAAAACGAAUUCAGAGCCAGAAGGGAGUUCAAGGGAUCAUUGUUGUCAAUGCCGAAGGCAUUCCAAUCAAAAGCACCAUGGACAACUCCACCACCAUGCAGUAUGCCAACCUGAUGCACAGCUUCAUCCUGAAGGCUCGGGGCACUGUGCGAGACAUUGACCCCCAGAAUGAUCUCACAUUCCUUCGCAUUCGCUCCAAGAAAAAUGAAAUCAUGGUUGCCCCAGAUAAAGAUUAUUUCCUGAUUGUGAUCCAAAAUCCAACAGAAUAAUUCGCAACAUUAAUUUUUUUCCUUUAAUUUAAUUGUCUCCCUGAAAGAAAGCAUUACUGUUAAUUCUCUCUCACCACUGAAUGGCAUGUGGAAAACAAAAGGAUGAUGGAUUUGGAUUGGAUUCGAACAGAUCAUGUGACCCUGGGCGUGGCCCAGAUUGAUUUUCUUAACCUUUUAUCCACCUUGAAUCUUCCAGGCUGCAACUGGAACCUUCAGCUAUCAGGAAGAAAGCCCUUCGAGACAAGCUUAAUGGCCUGGGCUGGUGCUGGCCCUUAAGGCCUGAACUACCCUCUGGCUAGGCCCCUCCCUUUCCCAGUCUGGGCUCUGGGCUUCUGGUUUUAAUUUUGUUGCUAUUUUGAAAGGCUGUCUAACUAAAAAUAACUGUAACGAU